GCAGUUUGCCGCCGAGACUCCAGGCCCGUCCCGUCCGCGAUACUGUGCCACAGGGCUGUGUAACAGGGGUCGAUGGGCCGAUUCUUCAGGUAUUCUUAAUCGCUCUUGGACAUUCUAGACUUGCUGGUUGUCUGCUGGCAGUCCCACGAGGUUACGGGAAUAGAUUUCCUUGCUUGCCUCCUCCAUCUCCAUUGCUUUCGUUAUCCAGACAGCUUCGACAAGUCACCCCAUCCAUGACUCCCUGCGUGUUCGGCGUCUCUCUAGACUUUCUCAUUUUCAGCCGUUUCCCCUCAUGGAAGUCAUCGGCGCUGUUGCGAGCGGCAUAGCCCUCGGCCAACUCUGCAUCGGCAUCUCCAAGGCCGUCCGUUUAUGGCACUCGAUCGAAGACCUCCCAUUAGAUCUCAAUGACGCCGUCGACCGACUCGAAGCCUUCGGUCCGGUUCUGCAGGAUAUGGUCGAAAAGCUUUCGAGGUGCGAAGAAGAGUAUGGAGAAUCGGAAUUGGAACUGCCUGCUCAGCACGUCAGGGCAUGCGUUGUCUACGCCGACAAGGCGCGCAGAGCCGUGGACGAGAUGGUGAGGAAGUUACAGUCCAGCCUGCAGACGUUGCCGCAGCAGAGCUUGCAGAGUCGGACGAGGAGGAAAAUGAGACUUGCGUGGGCAGCGUUAAGGAAGGGCGAUUUGGAAAAGCUAGAGAGGAGGCUGGAUUCGGCGGUGGGGCUGGUGCUGAUGUGUAUCGGAGCUUACGACAGGGCAAUUAUGCUAGCUUCUCAAGAUCGGAUCGCCGAAAAGACGGCCGCGAAAGUCGUCAACGAGCAGAAGCUACUACACCGAGACUUUGAAGACAGAAUAGUACGAAGGGUUUCGCUAGACGUAUCAACCCAGUUGAAAAACAUAGAAAAACAGCUUCAGACCCCGAGGCCCCAGGGAUUACAUGGCGAGAAUGAGACGGAGUACGUCAUCGUCCGUUCAAGAACAACAUGGAGGGGUCCAAGACUGCCCUCGUACAAGCCGACGCCAACGGGGCAGGUCGCGGCGGCCUCCCGCAAGGACCGAAGCGAAUGGGGCCUGUCCCUUCAGCUUCCUGAUUGGAUAUCGGGAGCCGUUUGGGAGAUACAGGUCUGCUGGAGCAUGACAGGGGGUUGGCAGCAGAGUUUACGAUCUUUUAGUGUGAGGUCGAAACACAGCGCCAUCUUCGCAGUUGUGAAGAAGGGCGACGUGAAAGGUAUGAUGGCUAUGUUCAGUAAAGGGGAGGCUUCGCCACUCGAUAGAGACGAGAAGGGUUCAAACCUAUUAUAUUAUGCCACAGACUACAGGCAAGUCGAAGUAUGUCGAACAUUACUCGACCUCGGCCUUGAAGAUCUGAUAGACGACAACGGCGGGUCAUCAGAGAGCCCGCUUAGCGAACUCGUAAAGUCUCGAGAAAGUCUCGCUCCAACACCCGACUCAGCCCACCACGCUCUAGUCUCCCUCUUUCAGUCCCGCAGCGCCAAUAUCCCAACCCUCACAAUCGAGCGCAUGCUCGACUUCCAGACGGAAUGCUCCUACUCUGACGACUGGCUGCGCAUCUUCCAGCGCAACUUUCUCCCUGGAUAUCACGACCUUCCCCUGCGAGACAGGGCAGAGGCCACCCGCCUCGGCGCCUUCACGACGCAGGACGUCUCCGUGUACCGGAGGCUGCUGAACCAGAAAGGCGUGAUCACGAAGGAUGACGUGCGCGCGUCCGCCGAGGCCGGGUUCUCGCUUGUGCAUUCCGCCGCAGCCGCACUGGGGAAGCGGUUCGCGCACGAGAUGCAGUUCAACCCGCGCCUCGGCCGCGACGACGACGACGAAGAUGCGUCGGUGGAAGGAGACGAUGGUGAGUCGGAGGGGCGCAGGGUGUUGAUGGUGCGGUUCCGGGCAUGGACCGAAGGCUGGAGCUACACCUUCGCCGAGACCCUCCGAGCCGCCGAGUGGAAGCAGCUGAACGGGUUGGAAACCGUCGUUCCCUGGGACUGGUACCGCGUCCCGGUGUGGACGGGCACGCCGCUGAUUUCCGUCCUCGGCGGCGCCCUCUGUCGAAUCUCGCCCGAUCUUCCGUGGGGCAAAUGGGAUGCCGUCUUCAGGGGCGUGCUCAACCAGUGGUUGCGAGACCUCAGAGACGCCGACGUCGACCUCUUGCAGUACGGCAGGGCCGAGGCUCUCAAGAUCAAGUAUACGGCGCCUGAGAUCAAGGGCGCAUUUGACGCCGAUGCCAUAGCCGCCUCGCGCAGGCAUGUCCGGAGCUCUCUGCGGAUGCGAGAGUCGUGGAUGCAGAUGGUGGACGACGAGCACCCGAGAAGCGACCUCUAUUGGCUGCCUGUCCGCAUCGUCGGGCUGGAUUACGGGCCGCGACUGAGGGACUGGCGGCUAUGGUGGGCGCCCGAGUUUGAGGCGUUUGCCGCCGAGUUCUGGGAAGGUGUUGGACGGCCGCAGUCGAUUAUGCCAGGAUCUUGGGUGGACUCUUGAAAGGACUGCAUCAUCCUAAAUAAAGUGGCGU